CAAAAUCCAAAGAUCCAGAUGAAAGAAGACAAAUACAGAAGUUACAGACUUUUCGUCACUUUUAUGGAAGCACUUUGGAAGACAGCACUUCAAAACUUGUUGUACUUCAAGAGCAUGUGUCAGGGAAUGCUAAUGCUGCUCUCAAAAAAACACAAAAAAAGCAUAAAAGUAAAGCAGAAAUAAUUGCAGAAGAAAACAACAGGCGACUGAAAACUAAAGAAGAAAAGAAAGAACAGGAGCAGUGGAAAGCCUUGUGUAUACGAACUGAAAAGGAAAUAAAAGCAAAUCUGACUGUUGGAAUAAAUAAAUUGGAGACAUUUCUCAAGACCCUUAAGACUAAACCUGUGAAGUUCAGCGUAGAAAUGACAGGACUGUCUGCCUGUUUAGAAGUGUGGAAGGAACACUGCAGAGAGCAAGGUAACAAAUCUAAAGAUUUAAGCAAAGCUGUUCAAGUAAUGAGGAGAAUUCAUAUCCUCCUUGAAAAAUAUCAAGAUCUCUUGGAGAAACCACAUCUACAAAAGCUGACCAGAUAUCUAAGACUUCUUGGGUUUGAGAAUUUGGCGUGCUCUCUAUCUGGCCAGACAGGAGAAAGUAAUGAUAAGAAUAUAAGCAACUAUGCCGUCAAAGUGGGUCCAGCUCGCUUUCAGCUACAAUACAUGGAUUAUUACUUGCUGAGAGAAGAGAGAAAUGAUCCAGAUCCACGAGUGCAACAUUUCAUACCAGACACGUGGCAGCGAGAACUUCUUGAUGCUGUAGAUAAUAAUGAGUCUGCAGUGAUUGUUGCUCCCACUUCAUCAGGAAAAACAUAUGCAUCAUACUAUUGCAUGGAAAAAGUUCUGAAAACGAGCAAUGAUGGAGUAGUUGUGUAUGUUGCUCCUACAAAGGCCCUUGUAAACCAAGUGGUGGGAACUAUAUACAGUCGAUUCACCAAGAAACUUCCUGAUGGUCUGGUAGUGUGUGGAGUCUUCACGCGAGAUUAUCGUCAUGAUGUCAUGAAUUCUCAGAUACUAGUGACCGUGCCUCAAUGUUUAGAAAUCUUGAUGCUGUCUCCUCGUUGCCAGAAAUGGACCAAACGGAUACAAUAUGUUAUAUUUGAUGAGGUCCAUUGUCUUGGUGGUGAAAUUGGAGCAGAGGUUUGGGAACAUCUUUUGGUAACAAUUCAGUGUCCGUUUUUGGCGCUCUCUGCUACUGUCAGUAACCCGGAACACUUAACUGAGUGGUUACAAUCUGUGAAAAGGUAUUGGCAACGUGCUGCAAAUACAGUAAAAGGACGGUCUAGAAACACUGAAAUGAACUUUACAAGAAAAAGUAAAGUGAAAUCUGAAGUACAAGGUCAAAAUAAAUCAUACCGUGUUAGAUUAGUCUUGUAUGAAGAAAGAUACAAUGAUUUGGAAAAGUAUGUGUGUUCUUUAAAGGACAGUGAUUUUCUCAUUGAACAUUGUCAUCCGUGUGCUGCAUUAACAGUCAAUCAUAUUGAGAACUAUGGUAUUCCUUCAGAUCUUUCUCUGUCUCCACGAGAGAGCAUCCAGCUUUAUGACACAAUGGUUAAAAUCUGGCAAGAGUGGCCAAGGGCACAGGAGCUAGAUCCUGAGGAGUUUGUCUCUUUCAAGAAUAAAGUAGUGAUAAAAAAGCCAGAUGUGAGGAAAUACGAACAGGAACUGAAGAAAGAACUAAGCAAAUGGAUUGUGCUUGGCCAAAGACAGAAGGUGAAUGCACUACUGGAGCACCUUAAGCCAAAACCUGUGGAUUGCUCAGAACGGGAAAAGUGGCACCGUUUUGCAAGCUUUGUUGGUAAAUUACAUGAGAUGGAUAAGUUGCCUGCCAUAUUUUUCAUAUUUAAUUUGGAUACAGUGGAACGUGCAGCCAAGAAUGUAUUCCUUGAUUUGUUGCAAAAACAAAAAAGUGAACAAGACCCCAAUACCCAGAGGGAAAAAGAACAUUUAAGGGACGAACUGAGAAAACUGAAAAAAAAGCUAAUAAAAUUCGACCCUCA